AUGCUGCGUCAGUGCAUGUUCAGUCAGCUGCAUACAGUCGGAUGCUCAGGGAGAAUAAUGAGCAUGCAGACAGGUUCAAGCCGAGGUCACCAUCUGGCCAAUUACCUCUGCUGCCACAUUAGUACCGACCUGGGCUGUCAACGCAGACACAUCACUCCAUGUCCAAACUGCCCGCCAAUAUGUCAGAGUGGCACGGGACGGGACGCUGUGUGGAAGGGGUAUAGAGGACAGAGAGGGGGGGACAGGCGGGUGACACUGCACCAGCUGGUCAGUGCUGCCUGGACACCUGCCCGAACACACAGCAGAGAGGACACGCCGCGGUCCCUCAAUGUCACCGGGCUUCUUCAGUGUCCGUGUGAGUGA